UCGGAUGGAGCGGACCGCAGCGCACGGCGCAAGAAUUCAAACCUAACGGGGUGUAGCGCGCGAGUGACCGCGGGGGUGAGAGAGCUCGCGCCGAGCCCCGGCCGCACGGCGAGAUGUUCGCCGGUAUGAACGUCAUGACCGUCCGGGAUUCGCCGACAUUUCCCUCUCGAUUGGCCUCCGUUCCCGGCAGCGGCGGUGGGCCUCGAGAACAACGGUCGCAGGAACGAGGUUCAGUACUGACUGGAGUCACCUCCUGCAAAAGAAAGCUCUCAAAGAGGCCGGGGUAUAUGUGGAAGAAUGUUGAACAAAGGUUAAGCCAUCCCACACCUGCUGGUAUUCAUUUGGAUUCACAACGUACUGGAAAAGAAACAAAUAGUCGUACAGGCUUGUCUUUUGACAUUAAUAAACAGGAGAAGCACAGAUUAAACAAUAAACACACAAGGGAAGACAAAUAUGUAGAUUAUCAGAAUACUGUUUCUGAUCGGUUGUCUGCCAGAAGUCCUGUGGUUGCAGAUAUGAUUGGGUCAGAAAGUGUUCAGCACAUUCUUGGUUCUAACUGUCCGUGUAGCAUUGACAGUCAAGAAUGUUCCUUUUAUACUGGGGUUAAUACUUAUUCCAAGCAUUUGUUGACAGGCAAUCUGCAGAAGAAAGAUGCUUGCCUUAAACAAUAUAAAAAGGAAAGAAGUAUUGAUGUUAGUAAGUCACAAGCUAUUACUAGUCCAAAUAAACAAGUAGACAGUGAAAAUUUGCAAAGACAGCAGCUUUGGGACAUUGAUAGAGAAAUGGAUUCAGCUAGCACUUUUAUUUCCAGCUUUAAUUUCAUACAGAUGUCGUCAAAUUGUAACAGCACUAUUAUUGGCAAUAAAGAUGAAUCACAGCAGAAUAGCCUUGUUUUACCGCGUCACGAUGCUGAACUAGAAAUGCGAUGCCAUGAUACAAAUACAUUCAUAACAAAUCAGUUCUGCUCCAAAUCUUUAUGGAAGGAUUUUAACACCAAUUCUUUGCACGCAUGUCAAAAUGUUGGCAUUAAGUGUGGUACUGAUGCAAAGUCAGAGAACAGUCAUCAGGACUAUGACUUGCUCUCACUAGAUACAGAUAUUUGUGCAUGUUCAGCUGAUACUUCUGAUGGCUCUUCUGCUGGUUCAUCUGUAACAUCAGGGUAUGAGAGCAGCAUCACCAUACUUGACCAGAAAUGUCAUUCUUUAAUGAGGAAAUAUGAACCAAUUCUUCAAGAUUGCCUCCAUGAAAACAGAAUAAAGUUGAAGCUUCAAACCUUGAUCUUAAAGCUACAGAAACUGCAGAAGAAUGCUGUACAGAAUGAUGAUUAUGAGAAAGCUGACAAGUUCAACAGGAAGUUAGCGGAACUGAAGAAAGAGCAAAGUUCUUUAAAAUUCCAACUGCCUUCCCACCAUCCUUGUAUUAUGAUGUUUCUGCAAAAUUGUGAACUUCAUCUACAAGUUGCUGAGCACCAGCAUAAUUGUUUUUUAAAUAAGAAUGGAGGGAGUUUCUUUCUGAAAAGUAAUGAACAUGGAUAUUCAGAUUUAAACCCAGAUAAACUACCUAUUUUGUGGUCAAGGAGAAAUCAGCUUAUUCAAGAUAGACAAAAGUUGCAGAAAGAAAUUGCUGAAAUUAAGGAACGACUUGCAUUGUUGGAAGCCAGGGACUAUCAGCUGAGUAUAGAAAUAGAAGAAGGAAACAGACUAACAGAAUCACAUGAUUGUGAACUUACUUCUUUACCAACCACAUCAGCAAGUGAAUUACAUGAUCUGCGUAAAACACUACAGGAUAUUCUACCAUUAAGAAAUAAAGUCCUCCUCAAUGCAGAGCUCCCUGAACAUAUAAAAAGGCUUCAGAGAAAAGAACAGCUGCUAAGUAUGGCUAUAAAGACAGCUGCUGCAAAGGUCUGCAGCAGUCAAAAGUUGUGCAGUAACUUCAGCGAAAAACUGAGUGAUAUUGAAAAACAACUUCCAACUCUCUUGGAAGCCAAAGUAUUAGCCAUAUCUGGCAAUGAAUUUUCAACUGCAAAGGAUUGUGCUGAGGAGAUUAAAUGUUUGACAUCUGAUAAAGGUAGACUUGAAGAAAUUAUCAGCAACUUGCAGUGUUUAAUUAUUAGAAAUGGUCAGCAGCUGGAGGCUAUCAAGGAUGAUUACAACAAAUUGAAAACUGAACUGGAACAGGAAGAAAGGCUCUUUGAGAAUGACCAGAGAGAAAACAUUAUUAAAUAUAUGGGAGUCUUGGAAGACAAACUUCAUAGUUGUAGAACCCAUUUAUUUGAGAAAGUGUGGGAAGCAGACUUAGAGACCUGUCAACUCUUUAUUAGCGGUUUGCGCUUGAAGGAGUCCAGUUACAGUGCAUGUGAGAGAGAAGAGUACAAAGCAGGAGAUAAUGAUGAAGCCAUUGAAGAUUCAUGUUCAGAUAUUAAAGAAAUGGGAGAUUAUUUCUGUCCAAGUAAACAAGAUUGGCAUACAAUACAGUUCUUUGGUCCUGAACAAAAAGAAACUGAUUCAAGUGAGGUAUCAGUGAAAUGUUUUCUCAGCAUCAAAGGUUCGCAGUCAAAGGUUGCCUGUAAAGGUUCUGCAUUGAAAAUAGAAGAACAAUGUGAAAAUAUUAGUGACAAGCUGGUACAUUUGGAAGAGCAGCUGCAAGUGGCAAUAAACAAUCAGGAUGACAGUCUUACUCAGUAUCUACAAAGAGAAACCCAGACGGUAAAAGAAGCACUGCAGGCAAUGUUGAAACAGCUUUUGUCUUUGGAAGAGGAUACGACAGAAGACUUUGUAGUUAACAUCUGGUGACUAAAGAAGGAAUUGCUAGAAGGCAAAUUCACCUGAUGUUGACUUGUAACAUUCCACUUUUGUUAUCUGUAAUAUUUUAGACAGAGUUUUAAUAAUUGCUGUACAAAAAUGACAAUCAAUAAUGACAACCAACAUAUAAUUCUCCGUAACUUCCGCCACCUCCAAUGGAAUCCCACCACUAAGCACAUCUUUCCCUCCGCCCCCCCCACCCCGCUUUCCGCAGGGAUCGCUCCCUACGUGACUCCCUUGUCCAUUUGUUCCCCUCCCAUCCCUCCCCACCGAUCUCCCUCCUGGCACUUAUCCUUGUAAGCGGAACAAGUGCUACACAUGCCCUUACACUUCCCCCCUCACCACCAUUCAGGGUCCCAGACAGUCCUUCCAGGUGAGGCAACACUUCACCUGUGAGUCGACUGGGGUGAUAUACUGCGUCCGGUGCUCCUGAUGUGGCCUUCUAUAUAUUGGCAAGACCCGACGCAGACUGGGAGAUCGUUUUGCUGAAUACCUAUGCUCUGUCCACCAGAGAAAGCAGGAUCUCCCAGUGGCCACACAUUUUAAUUCCACAUCCCAUUCCCAUUCUGAUAUGUCUAUCCACGGCCUCCUCUACUGUAAAGAUGAAGCGACACUCAGGUUGGAGGAACAACACCUUAUAUUCUGUCUGGGUAGCCUCCAACCUGAUGGCAUGAACAUUGACUUCUCAAACUUUGGCUAAUGCCCCACCUCCCCCUCGUACCCCAUCCGUUAUUUAUUUAUAUACACACAUUCUGUUUUUUCUCUCUCCUUUUUCUUCAUCUGUCCCUCUCACUAUACCCCUUGCUCAUCCUCUGGGCUCCCCCCCCCCUUUUCUUUUUCCCUAGGCCUCCUGUCCCAUGAUCCUCUCAUAUCCUUUUUGCCAAUCGACUGUCCAGCUCUUGGCUCCAUCCCUCCCCCUCCUGUCUUCUCCUAUCAUUUCAGAUCUCCCCCUCCCCCUCCCACUUUCAAAUCUCUUACUGGCUCUUCUUUCAGUUUGUCCUGACGAAGGGUCUCGGCCCAAAACAUCGACUGCAUCUUUUCCUAGAGGUGCUACCUGGCCUGCUGCGUUCACCAGCUACUUUUAUGUGUGUUGGUUGUAAUCAAUAAUAAGCACUUGAUUUAGAUCCAGGGUUUAAAUUUAAUCUGGUAAUAUUAUCUUAUAUUAAUAUUUGCUUUAAUGUCAGAAUUAAUGUGAAUCUUACUCCUGUUUCACAUAAAAUACUAGAAACAAAAGUCGGUGCAACUUCACGUUUAGUAAAAAAGAAGUUUAAAAUAUUUCACUCCUAAAAGAUAGCACUUCUAUAAUUCAAAUUUUCAAUAUUUUCUCCACUACGUUAUUUGAACAUUUCUGAUUUUUUCAUUGUUCAUAAGGAAGAUGAUCAACGGGGCAUUUUCUACGAAGAAUAUCUGAGAAUUCUACUAGGAAUCCUUUGUUUCGUGGCUCUCUGUGGGGAAGACAAAUCUCAGGGUUAUAUUCUGCAUACAUACUUUGAUAAUAAAUGUAUGUUAAACUGAAACAGUGAACUCUGUUUAGCAUAAAUCAUUUGGUCAGAUGAACUUCCUUAUUCACAAAUCAAAUGCAAAAUUUGUUUUCUAACAUUCAGUAAGACCAGACGUGAUUCUUUAAGAAUUAGUGGAGCCAGCUCCCUAGUUUGCCGUAAAAAGUAGGAAGUGGCAAUUGAGGCAAAAGUAAAUACUAUUAGAGGCCCAGUGUAUUUAGAAACAUAGAAAACCUGCAGCACAAUACAGGCCUUUUGGCCCACAAUGCUGUGCCGAACAUGUACUUACUUUAGAAGUUACCUAGGGUUACCCAUAGCCCUCUAUUUUUCUAAGCUCCACAUACCUAUCCAGGAGCCCCUUAAAAGACUCUAUUGUAUCUGCUUCCCACAGUCGCUGGCAGCCCAUUCCACGCACUCGUCACUCUGCGUUUUUAAAAAAAAACUUACCCCUGAUAUCUCCUCUGUACCUACUUACAGCACCUUAAAACUGCGCCCUCUCGUGUUAGCCAUUUCAGCCCUUGGGGAAAAAGCUUCUGACUAUCCACACGAUCAAUGCAACUCAUCAUCUUACACAUCUCUAUCAGGUCACCUCUCAUCCUCCGUCGCUCAAAGGAGAAAAGGCCAAGUUCACUCAACCUAUUCUCAUAAGGCAUUCUCCCCAAUCCAGGCAACAUCCUUGUAAAUCUCCUCUGCACCCUUUUUAUGGUUUCCACGUCCUUCCUGUAGUGAGGUGACCAGAACUGAAAACAGUAUUUCAUGAUACAGUCCCAGCAUCUUGGUCUUUUUCUCUGCUUUGCUGUAGAAUACAACUUAAAUGGAAUAAUUCCUAAGUAGAGUAUUUCCUGAAGUUCCUUAGAUGGCGUUUAUCUGUCAGGGAGACUAGCAAAUCAAAGUUUGUUCCUUAUAACUACCUGAAGAAAAAUCUUUGGGAGUUAUUGAUUAGUUUGUUACUUGGAUCACAAUGUUCCAAUUCUGAAGCACACAUUUAAUUGCCUCAAAUUGUACUUCAACCAAUUGUUUUAUAGGAUAGACUUGGUCAUAUUCUGGUCUUGAAGCAACCUAAGUAUUUUCACUUAAAGCAAAUGGUGGUGCCUCCAUCACCCCGGAUAAUGUAGACUGUGUCUAGAUUACUGCUUGGUGCCAGAGAUUAGUAUUUCCCAUCAAAAUGGGGUGAUAUUCAAUAAAACCAAAGUUCAUUGUUAAAGUAAGUCACUGAUAUAAACUGCUUCUCUUAGAUCUAACAGUGACACCAGAAUUCCCAUAAUAACAGUAUGCAUCCAUAAAUGAAUGUUUUAUUCAAGUCACCAGGCAUCAUAAGCAAACUUUCAUUGCAUUUUGGAUGGUGUGUUCCUUAGUUUGAUUACAUUCAGAACUUGAAUAAUGCAUUGCAUUAAAUAUUUUUAAAUUUGCCUUUUUGUGAAUUGCCUUGGACCUUUUCCUAGAAAGUAACAACACAGGAUUUCCCCAAUUAUCAAGCAGAAAUUCUGACAUAAGAGCCUGUGGAACUCACCAGAAAAUACAGGAGUACAGUUCUGCUGGUAGCUGACAUUUAUGGACAAUGUAGUAAAGAGCUCUAAGGGUACAAUUGGUAUGCAGUGAAUGGCCUGUGAACUUCUGAACAGGUCAAUGUUUCCAUCAGAGGGACUUCAUUGAUAUUGCCUAACGUUGCUAUGGCACAAUAUAAAAGUAGAUAAUCUUUGUGAAUGUAUAUGGUCUAAAGGUUAAGGCCAGUGAAGAGUUAAUGAAAAAUUAAGUUGGUAAUUUUAAAAGUGUAAUGCAAUUUCCAUGUAAUUUCAGGUUACACCGUGGUCUCACACUGAAUAUAGGGUAUCAUCAUUCACUCAUCUUCAAACCAUAUAAGUAAUUUGUUGUAAUGAGCUUUAGAAUGGAGUUCCUUUUGGAAGUAGUAUCAAGGUAGUGUUGGUUACAGCUUAUUCAACUGAUUACAUUCAAAAAAAAAUAAAGGUCCAUGAAGAUUUGAUAUUUCAUCUGUAAAAUAUGUAACGUAGAGUAAGUGAAUGGUGUGAACAGAAUAAACAUUUCAUUCACUGAAAGUGAAAUCUCUGAUAUAAAUCUCUUGAUAAUCACUGAUUCUUUUCAGGCACUUGUUGAGGUACAGUACAAUAAAAUUUCUAGGUCUUUUCCCUUUUAAAGAGAUGGAAAAUGAUUUGGAUUUUUUACA